GUAGAUCUCAACACAGCCGCCGCAGUCGCCUGUCGCAGUGGCCUGCGCUCGCCACUCAAACAUGACUAUUUCUACGAGAUAACUAUUAGCUCCAUCAAUAAACAAAUCAGAACUUAAUUCAGAUACUUACUUAAACAAAAUUAAAUAAAAAAUUAUGAAUUAAGUUAGUCUUUUGUUACGAUGUUGAUAGUAAAAUUGCGUGGUUUAUAGUGUAAAUCUUUGUGCCGUGUAAACUUUCAUGUAUUUUUUUGUGAUUUAACUGUGAUACGAGUUUGUAAAUAUGGAAGCGGAAAAGAAAGAUGUGUCUGAGGUUACCGUGGACGAUAUUUUGAAGAUGAUGGGACCUUUCGGAAGGUUCAACGUGUUGAUUUUCUUCCUCAUACUGCUGCCGGUGGGUAUGGCCGGGAUGUACUCUUCGGUCUACAACUUUGAGGCCAUCGACAUUGAUUACAGAUGCGCAGUGCCCGAGUGCCAAGAAGACCCGUCGACCUUGAACUUCACAAUCCCGCAAGGCCUAGACGGGACCUUCGCGAAAUGCACGAGGUACGCCAGCGUGAACGCCACCAACGGCACGUUUUGCGGCCCUCAGCACUUCGACCUGACGUCACCGGUGGAAUGUGACAGCUACGUGUAUAUGGAAGAGCAUUCGAUCGUCAAUGAGUUCGACCUGGCGUGCCAGGACUGGAAGCGGUCUCUGGUGGGCACCAUCCACAACGCCGGCUUCUUCAUCGCCAUCCCGCUCACGGGGCUCCUUUCUGACAAGUACGGCAGACGUACGGCCGUGAUAUUUUCGGCGGUUUCCAACGGAGUGUUCGGCCUCAUCAGGGCGUUCUCAGUCAACUAUGACAUGUUCAUAGUCUUCGAGUUCCUGGAACCAGCGUUUGGAGCCGGCGUCUACACCGCUUGCUUCGUCUUGGCUCUAGAACUGGUUGGGCCGAAAGGGAGAGUGUUUGUGAGUCUGAUGUUCAACACGAUGUUCAUUCUGGGCGGCGUGCUGGUGACAGUGCUCUCCUGGUACCUGCGCAACUGGAGGCAGCUGCUUGUCUUCAUCUACACUCCCGCCGUCUUCUGCUUCGUCUACAUCUGGCUUCUCUCCGAAAGCUUCCGGUGGCUGUUCAGCAGAGGCCGGUACGACGAAGCGCUACGCGUCCUCAAAAGAUCAGAAAAAUUCAACAACGUCACCAUACCCCAAGAGUAUUACGAUCAAAUUGAAAAACAAGCCAUCAACCAACGGGAGGAGAGAAAAUAUGACAACAAACAGGCUGAACAGUCGUCCUUGAAACAGUUGUUAGUGUCACCCAUGAUAUGGAAACGGACGUUUAUCUGCUCAGUGGUGUGGAUAUCCUCGACGCUGGUGUACUAUGGACUAUCGAUCAACGCUAUUGAAUUAUCAGGCAACAGUUACCUCAACUACAUAGUAGUUAUACUCGUAGAGGCGCCGGCAAACGUCUGUAAGCUGGUAUUACUGGACAGGUUCGGACGGAAGAAAGUAAUAGCGAGCGCCUAUUUUCUGACCGCAUUAGUCCUCGUUAACUACGGCUUCGUGCCAGCUGGAACUUGGUCGCAUGCCAUCUACCUCGGUGGAAAGUUUUUCAUAACAUUAGCAUACAAUUCAUUGUACGUAUUUGCUGCCGAAGUGUUCCCGACAAACUACAGGACCUCCAUGUUGGCUCUGUGCUCCACUAUCGGAAGAAUUGGCUCAACGUGUGCACCUUUAACACCUCUUUUGAAAUCCAUUCACCAGUUCCUACCCACAUUGCUGUUCGGAGCGAUGGCGGCGAUGUCAGGGUUCCUCAUCCUGUUUCUACCGGAGACUCUGAACACCAAACUGCCAGACUCCUUGAAGGAAGCGCAGGCCCAAGACAACAACACUGCGGAAACCCCUGCCCCGAGCAGCGAAAACAAGACAAGGCUAUGAACUCAGCUCUAGUUUUACUGUAUAAAAAUUUAAAGGUAUUCAAGCGUCUGCCCCCUAGCCAAGGGCUCAAGCGUCAAGCUUAUUCUGCGCUGACAAAAUGCUUAACUUUUUUUGUUUGUCCAAGGUUUCAAGAGAAAAUGACAAACCCUUUAGCAAUAAAAACUAGUUCAGUUCAGUCCGUCUGAUCAUGAAACUAUGCAGAAUACCAUAAUAUUAUAAUGUGUGUGUGACGCUGACGUUGUUGAGUUACACGAGUAUGAGUUUAUUUUCACUUAAAAACAAAAGCCGAACUGUAAAAUAAUUUAAGAUUAGGUAACUGAUUCUGAAAAUUUUUGCUUUGUUUUUUUUUUACUUCGUCUGCUGUCUAGUAUAAAUUUCAAUGAUAAUGUAAGUGCUUUGUUGUGAUAAUUAUACAUAAGUUAAAAAUAAACAAAUGCUGAAGUGGUUGGUUAAGUUCUGACUACUGAUGUUAAAAUGU